AUGAAACAACGUAAAUUAAUUAUCGUCGUUACGACUUUGGUACUUAGUAUAUUAGGUUUAAUUAGCUUUAAUCAACGAACAAAUGUUGUUAAACCUAAUGAACCUAAUGAACCUAAUGAAUCUAAAGAAUUUACAAAACCCUCAACAACAUCAACACCAAAUAUAUCAGCAACUUUAUCGCCAUUACCCCCUAUAGAAGAUAAAUGGAGUAUUUGGCCACCAGACCUUCAAAAUCCUGAAGAAGCGGAUUUAUUUUAUAUUCCAUUUUUUGGAAGUUGUUAUUUAUUUAAUUGUUGGAUAAAUAACAAUUGGAAUAAAACUGAAAAAUGUCAAGUUGAUUCAAUAUAUUUAGAACCAUUAAUGAAUUAUAUUAUUCAAAAUUUUCCUUAUUGGAAUAGAACUAAUGGAAUAGAUCAUUUUAUAAUACAUCCAAUGGAUAAUACUGAUGAUUAUUAUGAGAAAAAAGAUAUUUUUCAUAAUGCAAUUUAUUUAACAACAAGUGGUGAUAAACGAAAUUUAAGAAAUCAAAAAUUUAGAAGAUAUAGGAAUAUAGUUAUACCAAAUACUACACCAAUAUUAAAUAUUUAUAAUCUAAAUCCUAACGAUUAUACUGAUAGAGUAUCCAUUCGGGACAUUAAAGGGAUUUUUAGAGGAUGUUGUGCGAAUGUUAAUGUAACAGAUGAUUAUUCUGGUAUUAGACAUGUAAUAUUUAAUGGAUUAAAAGGAUUACCUGGUUGGGAUAUCGAAGAAAAAUCAUCAAGUAUAGAUGAAUACGCUUAUUUACUUGCAAGAGCAAAAUAUGGAUUGGCACCAUCUGGAUGGAUGUUAGACCCUAUUCCUAUAUGGGAAUAUUUUGCAUUUGGAGUGGUUCCUGUUGUAAUUGCAGAUGGGAUUAUUGAACCUUUUGAAGAUGAUAUGGAUUGGGAUUCUAUGAUUGUUAGGAUUCGACGUAGUGAGGCACUUAUAAUUAAUGAAAUAUUGGAUGCAAUUUCAGAAGAUGAGUACGUAAAAAAACGGGAGAGAGUUUCGUUGAUUGGAAAGAACAUGGUGAUUAAUUACGGUUAUACUUGGCACUAUAUCGUUAGAAACUUUUGUAGAAUGUUAAAAAUUGUUAAGCACGAAAUUAUAGAUAUUGAAGGAUAUGAUUAUCAAUCUAUUUGA